AGAACCCUUCAUACAGUCUGCCUGCCUUACCCCCUCUCUUCAGCUCCCGCUGCACACUACAGAACACACUGGUUACUGACUGACCACUAGACCUGGGGAGGUAGAACCCUUCAUACAGUCUGCCUGCCUUACCCCCUCUCUUCAGCUCCCGCUGCACACUACAGAACACACUGGUUACUGACUGACCACUAGACCUGGGGAGGUAGAACCCUUCAUACAGUCUGCCUGCCUUACCCCCUCUCUUCAGCUCCCGCUGCACACUACAGAACACACUGGUUACUGACUGACCACUAGACCUGGGGAGGUAGAACCCUUCAUACAGUCUGCCUGCCUUACCCCUUCUCUUCAGCUCCCGCUGCACACUACAGAACACACUGGUUACUGACUGACCACUAGACCUGGGGAGGUAGAACCCUUCAUACAGUCUGCCUGCCUUACCCCUUCUCUUCAGCUCCCGCUGCACACUACAGAACACACUGGUUACUGACUGACCACUAGACCUGGGGAGGUAGAACCCUUCAUACAGUCUGCCUGCCUUACCCCUUCUCUUCAGCUCCCUCUGCACACUACAGAACACACUGGUUACUGACUGACCACUAGACCUGGGGAGGUAGAACCCUUCACACAGUCUGUCUGCCUCCCUCUUCUCUUCAGCUCCCGCUGCACACUACAGAACACACUGGUUACUGACUGACCACUAGACCUGGGGAGGUAGAACCCUUCAUACAGUCUGUCUGCCUCCCUCUUCUCUUCAGCUCCCGCUGCACACUACAGAACACACUGGUUACUGACUGACCUCUAGACCUGGGGAGGUAGAACCCUUCAUACAGUCUGUCUGCCUCCCUCUUCUCUUCAGCUCCCUCUACACACUACAGAACACACUGGUUACUAACUGACCACUAGACCUGGGGAGGUAGAACCCUUCACACAGUCUGUCUGCCUCCCUCUUCUCUUCAGCUCCCGCUGCACACUACAGAACACACUGGUUACUGACUGACCACUAGACCUGGGGAGGUAGAGCCCUUCAUACAGUCUGUCUGCCUCCCUCUUCUCUUCAGCUCCCUCUGCACGCUACAGAACACACUGGUUACUGACUGACCACUAGACCUGGGGAGGUAGAGAAUGCAGGGUUUUGUCCCAGCCCAGCACUAAGCUCUGAUUAGCUUGGUUAUCUGAGAUCUGUAUGUGCUUUAUCCUAAUCCUAACUCAGAGGAAAUAGUUUUAGUCCAGGACUAGACUUAGUCUGUGUUGGGGAACCCCCCCCCCAUAAAGUUGUUUGACUUGACGUUUGCCAGGAUUUGCUAAAGCAAAUACAAAGGGAACCUUUCUAAUCAAGUUUUAGUGGUGGGCUGGAACAAAAGCCUGCAUCCUCUGGUUACUCAUCCAGGACCAGGGUCGGUGACCACUGUGGUAGAGAUGCUCAAUGCUGAGUGGGAGUCCUCUUCAACAUGACUAGAAGGAAACAAUGUGAUGAGGUGUAAUGUAACCCCAGUCAUUCCUACAUGGCAGGAGAAAAGCUAGAGUUUCAUAUUGGAGAUAAAUACUUGCUUUUUCUGAUUUGAAGUAAACAUAUCUGCUUCAAAAAAUAUCAAGCGUUUUAAAGAAAACGGGCACUUAUUUUUUUGUAGCUUUUGCUAUACAGCAACAUUUGCGCAUUCCAGAAACACAAAUUCAGCAUAUGGUUAUAAUAGAUUCUUACACCAUAUGAAAGAUGGGCGUCCGUGACAAAGUUAACAGCAAUAUCAGAUGGACUUCAGCAACGACUGGGGAUGAAUCGUGACGCUAAACUUCUCUGAUAUUUUCCGCAAGUGAACCAUCUUGCAUCACGCUCGUCUGUAAGAUCUGCGGUUCAUCCUGCUGCUCGUGGCAACGUCACAUCGCUGAGUCUCCGUUUAAUCUGGUCCCUGACAUGUUAAAACACGUUACCAGGCAUCCAGCAAUAUCUGAUCAUCUGUGCAGAGUAGAUCUGUGUAGAAUGUAUUUCUGGAACAAUACCUCUAUGGCUGUCCCAAAUGCCAGCCUAUUUCCUGUGUAGGGUAUUACUGUUGACCUGGGCCCAUAGGACUCGUGUUAAAAGAAGUGCACUAUAUAGACUAGGGAAUAUGAUGUAACCUCAAUCAGGCCAGGGAGUCUCUUGAGAGAAUACUACUACUAGUUUUCUACUGCUGCUACUACUACUGCUACUGCUGCUACUACUACUAGUACUAAUGCUGCUACUACUACUACUGCUGCUACUAGUACUACUACUACUAGUACUACCACUACUACUACAGCUACUACUACUAGUACUACCACUACUACUACUAGUACUACCACUACUACUACUAGUACUACCACUACUACUACUAGUACUAUUACUACUAGUGCUGCUGCUACUACAACUGCUACUACUACAGCUACUGCUACAGCUGCUACCACUACUGCUACUACCACUACUGCUGCUACAGCUGCUACUACUACAGCUACUACUACUAGUACAUGGAGCAAAAUAUAAAGGCAACAUGUAACGUGUUGGUCCCAUGUUUCAUGAGCUGAAAUAAAAGAUCCCAGAAAUGUUCCAUACACACAAACAGCUUAUUUCUCAGAGCUCGGCAGUCCACUUCUGUGAGCUUGUGUGGCCUACCAGUUCGUGGCUGAGACUUUUUUGCUCCUAGACGUUUCCACUUCACAAUAACAGCAUUUACAGUUGACCGGGGCAGCUCUAACAGGGCAGAAAUUUGACCAACUGAAAGGUGGCAUCCUAUGAUGGUGCCACGUUGAAAGUCACUGAGCUCUUCAGUACAGGCCAUUCUACUGCUAAUGUUUGUCUAUGGAGAUUGCAUGGCUGUGUGCUUGAUUUUAUACACGGCUGAAAUAGCUGACUCCACUCAUUUGAAGGGGUGUCCACUUACUUUUGUGUGUAUGUAUGUAUCAAGAAGGUGAUUACACAGCAUUAUCAUUACACAGGUGCUCCUUGUGCUGGAGACAAUAAAAGGCCUCUCUAGAAUGCCACAGAUGUCUCCCAAGUUUUGAGGGAGUGUGCAAUUGGCAUGCUGACUGCAGGAAUGUCCACCAGAGCUGUUGCCAGAUAAUUGAAUGUUCAUUUCUCUACCAUAGAGCAUUUGGCAGUACGUCCAACCCGCCUCAACUGCAGACCGCGUGUAUGGCGUCGUGUGGGCGAGUGGUUUGCUGAUGUCAGCGUUGUGCACCAUGGUGGGAUGGGCAGGCAUAAGCUGUGGACAACAGACACAAUUUUAUCGAUGGCAAUUUGAAUGCACAGACAUACCGUGACAUUGUCCUGCCAUUCAUCCGCUACCAUCACCUCAUUUCAGGAAAAUGUUGGUCACACCAGAUACUGACUGGUUUUCUGAUCCACGCCCCAAUUUUUUUUUUACGGUGUCUGUGACCAACAGAUGCAUAUCUGUAUUCCCAGUCAUGUGAAAUCCAUAGAUUAGGGCCCAAUGAAUUUAUUUAAAUUGACUGAUUUCCUCAUAUGAACUGUAACUCUGUAACAUCUUUGAAAUUGGUGCAUGUUAGAGAAUACUGGUAGUAGUGGGAGGUUAGAGAAUACUGGUAGGGGUGGGAGGUUAGAGAAUACUGGUAGCGGUGGGAGGUUAGAGAAUACUGGUAGCGGUGGGAGGUUAGAGAAUACUGGUAGCGGUGGGAGGUUAGAGAAUACUGGUAGCGCUGGGAGGUUAGAGAAUACUGGUAGCGGUGGGAGGUUAGAGAAUACUGGUAGUAGUGGGAGGUUAGAGAAUACUGGUAGUAGUGGGAGGUUAGAGAAUACUGGUAGUAGUGGGAGGUUAGAGAAUACUGGUAGUGGUGGGAGGUUAGAGAAUAUUGGUAGUGGUGGGAGGUUAGAGAAUACUGGUAGCGGUGGGAGGUUAGAGAAUACUGGUAGCGGUGGGAGGUUAGAGAAUACUGGUAGCGGUGGGAGGUUAGAGAAUACUGGUAGCGGUGGGAGGUUAGAGAAUACUGGUAGCGGUGGGAGGUUAGGGAAUACUGGUAGCGGUGGGAGGUUAGAGAAUACUGGUAGCGGUGGGAGGUUAGAGAAUACUGGUAGCGGUGGAAGGUUAGAGAAUACUGGUAGCGGUGGAAGGUUAGAGAAUAGUGGUGGGAGGUUAGAGAAUACUGGUAGCGCUGGGAGGUUAGAGAAUACUGGUAGCGCUGGGAGGUUAGAGAAUACUGGUAGCGCUGGGAGGUUACAGAAUACUGGUAGCGCUGGGAGGUUAGAGAAUACUGGUAGCGCUGGGAGGUUAGAGAAUACUGGUAGCGCUGGGAGGUUAGAGAAUACUGGUAGCGCUGGGAGGUUAGAGAAUACUGGUAGCGCUGGGAGGUUAGAGAAUACUGGUAGCGCUGGGAGGUUAGAGAAUACUGGUAGCGCUGGGAGGUUAGAGAAUACUGGUAGCGGUGGAAGGUUAGAGAAUACUGGUAGCGGUGGAAGGUUAGAGAAUACUGGUAGCGCUGGGAGGUUAGAGAAUACUGGUAGCGCUGGGAGGUUAGAGAAUACUGGUAGCGCUGGGAGGUUAGAGAAUACUGGUAGCGCUGGGAGGUUAGAGAAUAUUGGUAGCGGUGGGAGGUUAGAGAAUACUGGUAGCGCUGGGAGGUUAGGGAAUACUGGUAGCGGUGGGAGGUUAGAGAAUACUGGUAGCGGUGGGAGGUUAGAGAAUACUGGUAGCGGUGGGAGGUUAGAGAAUACUGGUAGCGGUGGGAGGUUAGAGAAUACUGGUAGCGGUGGGAGGUUAGAGAAUACUGGUAGCGGUGGGAGGUUAGGGAAUACUGGUAGCGGUGGGAGGUUAGAGAAUACUGGUAGCGGUGGGAGGUUAGAGAAUACUGGUAGCGGUGGAAGGUUAGAGAAUACUGGUAGCGGUGGAAGGUUAGAGAAUAGUGGUGGGAGGUUAGAGAAUACUGGUAGCGCUGGGAGGUUAGAGAAUACUGGUAGCGCUGGGAGGUUAGAGAAUACUGGUAGCGCUGGGAGGUUAGAGAAUACUGGUAGCGCUGGGAGGUUACAGAAUACUGGUAGCGCUGGGAGGUUAGAGAAUACUGGUAGCGCUGGGAGGUUAGAGAAUACUGGUAGCGCUGGGAGGUUAGAGAAUACUGGUAGCGCUGGGAGGUUAGAGAAUACUGGUAGCGCUGGGAGGUUAGAGAAUACUGGUAGCGCUGGGAGGUUAGAGAAUACUGGUAGCGCUGGGAGGUUAGAGAAUACUGGUAGCGCUGGGAGGUUAGAGAAUACUGGUAGCGCUGGGAGGUUAGAGAAUACUGGUAGCGCUGGGAGGUUAGAGAAUACUGGUAGCGCUGGGAGGUUAGAGAAUACUGGUAGCGCUGGGAGGUUAGAGAAUACUGGUAGCGCUGGGAGGUUAGAGAAUACUGGUAGCGCUGGGAGGUUAGAGAAUACUGGUAGCGCUGGGAGGUUAGAGAAUACUGGUAGCGCUGGGAGGUUAGAGAAUACUGGUAGCGCUGGGAGGUUAGAGAAUACUGGUAGCGCUGGGAGGUUAGAGAAUACUGGUAGCGCUGGGAGGUUAGAGAAUACUGGUAGCGCUGGGAGGUUAGAGAAUACUGGUAGCGCUGGGAGGUUAGAGAAUACUGGUAGCGCUGGGAGGUUAGAGAAUACUGGUAGCGCUGGGAGGUUAGAGAAUACUGGUAGCGCUGGGAGGUUAGAGAAUACUGGUAGCGCUGGGAGGUUAGAGAAUACUGGUAGCGCUGGGAGGUUAGAGAAUACUGGUAGCGCUGGGAGGUUAGAGAAUACUGGUAGCGCUGGGAGGUUAGAGAAUACUGGUAGCGCUGGGAGGUUAGAGAAUACUGGUAGCGCUGGGAGGUUAGAGAAUACUGGUAGCGCUGGGAGGUUAGAGAAUACUGGUAGCGCUGGGAGGUUAGAGAAUACUGGUAGCGCUGGGAGGUUAGAGAAUACUGGUAGCGCUGGGAGGUUAGAGAAUACUGGUAGCGCUGGGAGGUUAGAGAAUACUGGUAGCGCUGGGAGGUUAGAGAAUACUGGUAGCGCUGGGAGGUUAGAGAAUACUGGUAGCGCUGGGAGGUUAGAGAAUACUGGUAGCGCUGGGAGGUUAGAGAAUACUGGUAGCGCUGGGAGGUUAGAGAAUACUGGUAGCGCUGGGAGGUUAGAGAAUACUGGUAGCGGUGGGAGGUUAGAGAAUACUGGUAGCGCUGGGAGGUUAGAGAAUACUGGUAGCGCUGGGAGGUUAGAGAAUACUGGUAGCGCUGGGAGGUUAGAGAAUACUGGUAGCGCUGGGAGGUUAGAGAAUACUGGUAGCGCUGGGAGGUUAGAGAAUACUGGUAGCGCUGGGAGGUUAGAGAAUACUGGUAGCGCUGGGAGGUUAGAGAAUACUGGUAGCGCUGGGAGAAAUGACUAGUACAGCACAAACCGCCAACCUCUACGGAACAAACAGAAAAUACUUUCCAAUGACUAAAACCAAAUAGAAACGUGAUAAUGGACCUACAUUCAUACAGUUUAUUGACUGUGUCCUUGUUGCUAAUAAUCAUUUGAAAUAAAAGCUAGACAGUUCGGAAGCAUCAAAUUCCCCAAAAAACGAUGGAUAGUGGACUAUUUUGGCACAUUUUGACAGAGGAUAAUUAAUCCGUUUUCAUUGCGGCCCUCCGGGACUCGUGGAGGAUUGAAUGCGGCCCCUGGGCAAAGUGAGUUUGACACCGCUGCUCUAGUCACACACACAAAGACUAUGUAUAUUGUCUGAGGGAGAUUCAGAGUGAAUAUACACAAACUCAAGAGGACGCUCCAUAACACAGCUUCGGUGGAAAGUUAGCGACUCUGUAUGUGUAUAAAACAAAUUUUUUUUUUAUUAUAUUUUUUACAUAUAAAUCCCCCUCUCAUUUUCUACUUCCUCCUAGAAUUGGAUGAAUCAACUCGACACUGCAUUUGUGAAUCACACAGUCCUCGUCUGUGUUACCAAAGCAGGCCUAGCAGCCUGCUACAAACCCUAGCUAGCGUUAGCUUAGCCGUUCAACGACAACACCAGAACUAGGAAUAAAAAAGUGUCUCUGUUCAGUCAGUGAGUGAAUCCCAAAUGGCCAAUUUGGGCCCUGGUCACCAGUAGUGCACUAUAAAGGGAAUAGGGCACUGGUCACCAGUAGUGCACUAUAAAGGGAAUAGGGCCCUGGUCACCAGUAGUGCACUAUAAAGGGAAUAGAGUGGUGGUUUGGGAUGCAUCCAGUGUGGUGGUUUUAGGAGGAUGUUAGCAGCACUGUUUGUGUGUAAACUAAUGUGUGUCCCUUGAACCUUUUCUCUCCCU